UUUUAAUCAAAUCACCUACUUUUCUCCCUUUUUUCCCUUUCUGGUUCUGCGGUGCAAUUCAGCAAUUGUGAAUACAGUGUGAAAAUAAACUUACGGAUGAACGAAACGCUUCCUAUGCUUUGAUCUGGGAUUGCAAAUCGUCAUCGUUUUCUUCAUUUCUGCUUCCAUCGAUCUACUUGUCGUUGCCACAGAAGCUGCCGGCGGAAGAAUCACGACGCCCCGAAAAUCUUCGUGCCUCAAACCCUAUCUACCUGGGGUGAGUGAUGAUGAUGAUGUCCGAGUUCUCAUUUUUAUAAAUAUAUCUGCAACGACAAAUGAGUUCAGUUUAGCAUUGAUGCAAUUCCUUACUCCUUUUCAAAAUUUGAUGAUUUUCCCCCAAUGUGAUGCGAAUAUGCAAGUGUAGCUCGAGCUGAUAUUUCGAAGCUGCCUCUGAUGGACAAAGGCAGCAGCUGCUGCUUGUCUAGUGCAUCUUCAAUUACUAUCCUUUCAAGUGUCAUUUUUACUGUCUCCUUGAUAGUGGUUCGAGUUCUUUAUGUCCUAUAUUGUAGCAGCAGACCCUUGAGCAAAAGAGCUUUAAAGCCUGUUAGUACACUUAUCAUUUUAGGAUCAGGUGGUCAUACUGCUGAGAUGCUUAAUCUAUUGGCAGUGUUACAGAAAGAUAGGUUUAAUCCAAGAUUCUACAUUGCUGCUGCUACUGAUAAUAUGAGUCUUCAAAAAGCUCAGUUGCUGGAGAACUCCCUGGAAGCUGAGAAUGGAUCAAGUGUUACUGGAGCUGCACAGUUCAUGAAAAUAUAUCGAAGUAGGGAAGUUGGUCAGUCAUAUAUAACCUCAGUUUGGACUACUUUAAUUGCAAUGGUGCACGCGCUGUGGCUUAUGAUUAAAAUUAGACCUGAAGUGAUACUUUGCAACGGACCUGGGACUUGCAUUCCCCUAUGCGCAAUUGCUUUUAUAUUUAAGGUGAUGGGAAUCAGAUGGUCAUCAAUUUUCUACGUCGAGAGCAUUGCGAGAGUGAGAAGGCUCUCCUUGAGUGGCCUGCUCCUGUACAAGUUGCGGAUGGCUGAUCAACUUUUUGUCCAAUGGCCACAACUGCAACGACAAUAUCCCCGAGCUACCUAUGUUGGUCGACUCAUGUAACCAAGAGAAAUUUGUAUUCUGCAAUCAGUGAACCUACAGUUUUGCCUAUGAUUAAACAAGUUAAAAAUAUAUAGAAUGCUAGAUGCUGUUAACUAUGAAGCAACAAGGAAUCAUAUCAAAUCAACAUUCGACGUUUAGUUCAUGGUAAACAAAUGAUUGCUUGAGCUGCAUUGUGCAUUCUAUUUGCUUCUGGCCAGUUUCUUUAGUGCAGAAACAAAAAUGGAAUAUUAAGAUUAUUUGAAGAGAUUUGAAACACAUCUAUUAAUUUGAAAGACGUGAAUGCAUUAUUCAUUUGCUAACUAGUAACUAGUUAGGAGACUUUAUUUCUUUGGUUGUAUUAAUUGGAUGGCUUUCUUGAUAACCAGCAACUAACAACCACAUUUGAAUGUUGACAAAUUUUGGAUACGACUUUAUGAAAUUAUUUUUGGCUA